AUGAGCCACUCCCAUCGCUCCACGACGAAGGUCUCCCACAAGCCCUUCAAGUCCAAGCAUGCGACGAAGAGUGCGCUGCGCAACGCUGCUAAGGGCAAGGUGGCCGGCACCGAAAAGGGCCAGCGCAAGACCCCUCACCAGAAUGUCAUGUCCAAGUUCGACCGACGCAACCAGGCCAAGCAGCACCGUCUCACCAAGCAAAAGGAGCACCUCGAGGAGACGUCCCUAUUUGCCGGCCGCGAUGGCGCCCCUCGCGUCGUUGCCAUCGUCCCCCUCUGCGAAGACAGCGACGUCAGCUUCGCCAUCAAGCAGCUCAACGAGAGCCUCGACAUUGAGGCCGACAUGGAGGAGAACCCCUUCCGCGUCUCCGUCGACCGCUUCAAGCAGAAACUCCAAUACGUGCCCCUGAAGCGCGAUCUCAACGCCGUCCUCGACGGCACGCGCGUCGCCGACUUUGUCGUCGUCAUGCUGAGCGCCGGCGUCGAGGUCGACCCCCUCGGCGAGCUCAUGCUGCGCAGUCUCGAGAGCCAGGGCAUGUCGACCCUCUACACCAUCGUCCAGGGCCUCGACAAGAUCGAACCCGCCAAGCAGAAGACGCAGGUCCUCGGCUCCCUCAAGUCCUACAUCACCCACUUCCACCCCGAGCAGGAGAAGCUCUACAGCCUCGACAGCCGCCAGGAGUGCUCCAACCUCAUGCGCUCGCUGUGCAACACCACACCCAAGGGCGUCAGGUGGAGGGACGAGAGGAGCUGGCUGCUGGCCGAGGACAUUGAGUUUGCCUCGUCCGGCACGGCGUCCACAGUCAUCACCGGUGUCGUGCGAGGAAAGGGGCUCAAGGCCAACAGGCUGGUGCAGUUGGGCGACCACGGCCUGUUCCAGAUUGAGAAGAUCAUGGCGGCGCCCAUCACCAGGAAGAAGAAGGGCGAGGCCAUGGCCGUCGAGGACAUUCACGCCGAGGAGAUCCUCGAAGUGCCCGACGAGGACCAGGAUGAACUCCUCGACCUGGCCCCUGACGAGGCCAUGAAGGGCGACGACAACGACGACGACAUGGAUGACGGCGCCAUGUCCGUUGCCACAACAGCGAAAAAGGGCGUCCUGCUCGACGACCACCACUACUUCUCGGACGACAACCCCCUCGACCCCACACAGCAGCCCAAGAAGGUUCCCAAGGGAACGUCCAAGUACCAGUCGGCCUGGUAUCUCGGAGAGGAUGUGUCCGACUCGGGCUCAGACAUGGAGGACUUUGACAUGGAGGACGAGUCCUCUGGCUCGGAGGAGAUUGGCCCCGAGGACGGCCUCGAGGGCUACGCGCCGAAACCGCCGACAGAGGGUGCGCCGUCAGAGUACCCUCAGUCGGAGAUGUUUCAGGAUCUCGACGAGGACGAGGACGCCAAGCAGCUCGCGGCGUUCAGGAAAAACAGAAAGGUAGAUGAGGUCGAGGACGACAAGGAGUUCCCUGACGAGAUUGAGCUGCACCCUGGUGUCGCCGCCCGUGAGAGGUUAGCCAAGUACAGAGGUCUCAAGAGCCUGCGGACGAGCGAGUGGGUCGAGGACGAGGACCGCGCGUACGAGCCUGAGGACUGGCGCAGGCUGCUGCGUGUCCCCGACUACCAGGGUUCCCGCUCACGGUUCACCCGCGAGGCUCUCGUGGGCGGUGUCGCCCCCGGCACGAGGGUGGCGGUGCACCUGAAGAACGUGCCCGUCACGUUUGAGAAGUCCUACAAGCCCGGCCAGCCCGUGACGCUCGUCUCGCUGCUGAGGCACGAGCAGAAGAAGACGGUCGUCAACUACCUCAUCAACCUCAGCUCCGACUAUGAAAAGUCGGUCAAGUCGAAGGAGGAGCUCAUCGUGCAGUGCGGCGCCCGCCGCUUCACGAUCAACCCGCUCUUCUCGCAGCCCGGCAACACGCCCAACGACGUGCACAAGUACUGCCGCUACCUGCACCCGGGCCAGUCGGCCGUGGCCACGUUCACGGGACCCGUGACCUGGGGUGCUGUCCCGGUGCUGUUCUUCAAGCGCACGACCCCGAGCACCGAGGUGGCGCAGUCGGAGGAGGAGCAGGCGUCGGACGUCGGUCUGACGCUCAUCGCCACGGGCACGGCGUUGCCGCCCUCGACGUCUCGCGUCGUGGCGAAGCGUGUCAUUCUCACGGGCCACCCGUACCACAUCAACAAGAGGAUCGUCACGAUCCGCUACAUGUUCUUCAACCGCGAGGACGUCGAGUGGUUCAAGGCGCUGCCGCUGUGGACGAGACGCGGCAGGAGCGGGUACGUCAAGGAGGCCCUCGGCACGCACGGUUACUUCAAGGCCACCUUUGACGCGCACAUUAACCCGCAGGACGCCGUCGGCGUGAGCCUGUACAAGCGGGUGUGGCCCCGUGAGGCGUCUGCGUACACGGGCGCGCUGCUGGAUCUGGGGUCGCGAGAGGCGCAGGCUGCGCAGGAUGACAUGAUGAUCGAAUGA